AUGCUCACCUAUCGCACACUUCAGCAUGCAGUCAAGACUCAACGCCGCCACCAAGAACGCCAUGUUCUCACUACUGGCAUGGCGCACCAAGCUCUAGACCGUUACUUUGUGUUUGAUGUUGAGGCCCCUAUUGGUGAAGCGACUUUUGGAGAGCAGAAGUAUGCUCUCUCCUAUGUUCAGAUCGCUAGAGAGUCUGAUAUUUGGAAGAUGUUUUACGUGCAGACUCAUCUUGGUCACAUAUUGAAACCUGGGGAUCAAGCUUUAGGGUAUGAUGUUUAUGGAGAAAAUGUGAAUGAUAAUGAGAUGGAGAAGUAUCGUUUGAGUGUGAAGAAUGGUCUUCCUGAGGCGAUUCUGAUCAAGAAGUGUUAUGAUGAGCAGAGAGAGAGGAAGCAGAGGAAGACACGUACGUGGAAGAUUAAGUCGCUUCCGAUGGAGAUGGAUGAGUCAAGAGGAGGAAGGGGUGGUGAUCCGGAUAAGAUGAUUAUUAACUAA